CAGUGUACACAUUUGGGCAGCCUAUGGUCGGAAACCAGAAGUUUGUGGAGUUCAUGAAAGGAAAGUUUAAACAGUAUAGCAUAAACUAUAUUAGGGCUGUAAACUAUGAUGAUUUGGUUCCUAGGCUGCCCUUUCAAGCCUUGGACUAUAGGCACUUUGGGAAAAUGGUCCUUUAUGAUACCAACUUUGAGCAAAAGAUAGUUCAUGAAGACCCAGAGGAAAACUACUUCGCGGUGUUAUCAUUUAUGGAAAGGCAGCUAAAAAAUGCAAAGGAUGCGGGAAGAAGCUUGAUCAAUGCCUUCACAAGUGGACCAGAGAACAGAGGACGUUGGCUGCAAAGAUCCUGGAGGAAUUUCAAACAGUGGCUGUUUCCCGGUGUAUCAGCUCAUUUAAGCGAUAACUACGUAGAUAGAGAGAUUCCUAUUGUUGAGGGUUAAAAACUUGUUGACAAGGGGCAAAUAGCGAGCCCACUUUGAUCCUGUAUCUA